AUGCCUUCUUCAAGCUCCAAGUCCAAGCCCAAGCCGUCUGAGGUUGCUUCGGAGGCAAAGAGGAUUUACAUUCCCACGAUCAGGGAAAAGUACGCCGCGACUUGGUCCACCUGCUCGUACAUCUAUCACCAACCACUGCUGCAAAUCAACUUUGACGAGCGUCCACUGGACCUUUCCCCUCCCCUGUUUUACGUUUCCAGCGGAGACCCGGUCAACGUCGCAUUGGAGUGGGUGGACUCGGCACAGUGUGCCAUACCUUUCAUCUGUGCAGCGAACGACAAGCGUCCUGGUGGCGACUGGGAAACGGGUGUGGUAGGCUACGAGGAGCGUCUAUGUCGGCGGAGCACCCUCGCAGCUUGCCUCGGAACGCCAGCGGAUGGAUCUCCGGCUAACAGCCACUACCCCCUCCCGAUAUGCGCCGGAGUCCUAUCACAGCAUGUUGUUGUGUUCCGCGGGCCCCACGACAAAUAUGAGAAGCUGCCGACCGACCAGUGGCGGGCACUGCCUGUCGUGUCGGUACCACCGCCACGCUGGCCCAAGCUGACGCAGAAUGGCACCAAGUACUCGUUUGCCGAUGAGCGCGAGAUGGUCAAAGAGAAGAUGCGGGGCGCACUCCGGAUCUGCGCCUACAACAACUACAGCACCGUGGUGAUCGGGGACUUUGGCCUCGGAAACGGGUACCGAAAUCCGCCGCAGGAGCUUGCCGAGCUGUGGCGGGAAGUUUGCCUCUACGAUCCCGACCUCCGUGGCAGGAUCCGCUGCGUGGCAUUCGUGUUCGAGGACCCCAACCAGAGCACCACACAGCUGAUCCUGGACGAUAUCGCGAAGAAGGCCAAGGGCGGCAGCGGCUCAAGCCGAUCCAAGACGAAGGGCAGCUCGUCGAGCUCGAGCUCACCGCCCGGGACCUCGCCUGCCGACGUUGACAUUUUCUCCCGCGUGUUUGACAACACAGAAAUCCAGAGAUUUCUUGCGCAGCCAGACGCGCGAUACGGCCUGAGCAACCUCCUUGCUUGA